AUGAGCAGCCCAAGCGCGAGAACCAGGCCACGGCAGUUGUUACCCGGCCGACUCCGCGAGCAGGAUGACCAACCGGACACGAGAAGACCUAAGCAAAGGAAGAGUCGCGACGGUUGUACCACUUGUAGGUCCAAGCGCAGAAAAUGCGACGAGGCGAAGCCAGCAUGCUCUCAGUGCCUCCGGCGGCGGAUCGCUUGCGGCGGGUAUAGCAAGGAGCUGAGAUGGAGGCAUGAAGGGUUUGAGAACCCUUUAGGGCCGAAAGAGGCAAACCGCCCGUCAGCUGCAAGUAACAGGCGAAAGGAUGUCGAUAGCAGCCCGCAGAGAUUGCAGACACCAGUGAGCAGUUCUCCAACCGCAGGAGUGGAUGUGGAACGGGGGUUCGGCGACUUUGAGGGAUAUGAGACCUUGCAGCAGAUUUUGGAAUCGUCACCAUUGCUUGAGGCUGUUGUCUCUGCUUCAGUGGGCCGGGCUACAGACUUUGAUGUCCUAUUCCCAGGUCUAGAUGAAAUGGCGAUGGUCCCUGAGGGCUCACUGAGCGUUCGAGGCUCCGAAGAGAGCGAUGAAGGUAUCAGCUAUCAGCCUGCAGGACCCGACUUAGCAGAGAAUACGUUCGAGCUGGAUCAAGAGCAGAAUGGGCAAGCCUCACUAGGGCGUUUCGACUUCACAUCGACCGUCCAACGGCCAUGGGAUUUUCCACUCGAUGGUUCCGAUAACCCGCCUCUUAAGUUUACUGAGCAAGGUUUGCUUGACUGGUACCGUCGGCUUGAUAUCAGCGACCACAGCGUCGAGAAUAUCUCGUGUGUUUUUAUCUACCGGAUUUGCGAAGCACUAUGCAUAGUGGACACGCCCACUGGGAAUCCGUGGCGACAGAUAGUCUGGCCAUUAGCUCAGAAGCAUCCUGCACUUUAUCACGCGGUUGCUGCGAUGACUUGUUUCAGUGCGCUGCCUCGACUCCGCACCGAUGGUCUACGGCACCUUGAGGCCAGUGUCCAAGAACUGUCCACCACCCAACAGGAUAGCAUGUCGGUCGAGGCGAUGGCCACUACGCUGCUCGCUCUCGCGAUGGCUCAGACCUGGUACUAUCCCCGCUCGUACAACGGCACCCGCCACCUGAAGAAAGCCAGAGGCCUCAUCCAAGCCCUCUCCAUCAGCUUUGGAACACAGCCAGCGAACGAGUGUCCGACCCUGAAGUUUCUUACAAACACAUGGAUGUACAUGGAUGUUCUCACGCGGCUCACCUGCCCUAACGAGCAGUCCGACGACUCGGACCGUAUGGUGGAUCUAAUCUCGACGACAUCCGACCCCGACCCAGGUCUCUACGUUGACCCUCUCAUGGGAUGCGCCAACACAUUGUUCCCCUUGAUUGGGCGUGUAGCCGACCUCGUCAGCCGUGUCCGCAGUAGCUUACAGAAGGCAAACUCCCCUGCCAUCGUCUCCGCGGGCACUGAACUCAUGACCGCCAUCGACCGCUGGACACCCAGUCCCCUAACAUUACAUUUGCCGUGCACCACCAGCACCGUUACCCCAGACGCCUCGGAUUUGUAUCAGACAGCCAAUGCUUACAAAUGGGCCACACUGCUGCUACUUUGCCAGGCAGUCCCCGAGCUUCCUUUCCGGAUGUCGCAUGCAGAUAUCGCGCGAAACGUGCUCGUCUUCAUCGCCACCGUCCCGCUUAGCUCGAAGGCUGUCUUCUUCCCUAUUUUCCCUCUGAUGGCGGCGGGCUGCGAGCCCCUAAAUGCGGAAGACCGCGACUGGGUCCGCGCCCGAUGGCAGUCGCUGUCCACCUUCAAUGGCUCCGGGAUUGCUGAUCGAUGUCUUGAGAUGACGCAGGAGGUUUGGAGAAGACGCGAUGAAGCUGGAAUCGGGCAAGCAUCAGAGAUUGCAGGUGGGAUUUACGCAGUCCCUGGAUGGGAACGAUUAAUAGCCGCCCAGCAACCUGCCACAGGAUAUGGAUCUGGAUAUGGGGCACGGAUGGUAACACCAGAACGCUGUUUAAACGUCACGGUGAAAAGUGAAUCGCAUUGGCUCAGCGUGAUGAGGGAGUGGGGCUGGGAAGUGAUGCUGGGAUGA